AUGGCGGCGGCUUCGGCAGUUGUAUCGGCAAAAGAACGCUUACCUCCAUGUGAACUUAUUCCAAAGUUGCUAUGCUGUACCGAAAGAAUUUUGGAUAAAUGUCUUAUCCAUUGCUUAAAUUAUAUUUCUGCUAAAUGUCUACAUAAAAUGCAAAAUUAUUACAAAAUUAUUACAUCAAUGAUUGGUUCAUAUCAAAAGACAGGAUCAAAUUUCUACAAUCAACAAGUCACCUGUAUUUCUACAGCAGUCUUAACCACCACAUUACCUGAACCUAUUACCCAAAAUGUUCGUCGACAACUGAUUAAAAAACCAAUGGUGUUUGUUGAAUCAAAUGAAUCAUCCAAGAAAUCAUUUGAAUUUCCAAAUGCACCAAAUUAUCAAACUGACGGAGACUAUAUUUGCCUAAAUCGUCGAUAUCCAAACACUGAAGUAUCAGAUUCUAAUCUUCCAUCCAAUUCUGCUGUUAAAAUUUCUCAACCAUCUUACUCACCAUAUUUAUCAAGAAAGCUAAUCGAUGAAGUAUUCCUAAUCUGUUGUCAACAUCAUGUACCGUCAAAUUGUUAUAAUUUAUGUACAUACGAGCAUCGCGAACAUAUCGCAAUGGAAACGCUAAUCCAAGCGAAUAAACAAAAUGCUUGCGAUUUGAAGUAUCUCAACAAUAUCGUGUAUUGCGCGAAUCAAAAUCGAAAUAAUCAGAAAUUGUUGCCAAUUUCUUGGGAUGAUAUCAUCGAAAUAACAAAUUGA